CCUCGACACCUCAUCAGCAAUUCCUCAAAGAGAACGCACGCUCAGCAUUCACUCAUCAUGUCUUGGAUGGACUCAUGGUCACGGCCAAAGAAGAAUGCUGCUACGCCUCCGCCUCUGUACUUGACAUCGGAUCAAGUGCGGUAUUGCCAUACUUGUGGCAGAGUCAUCGGCUCCAGAAAAUCAAACUCUGCCAAAACAGCAGCCACAGAAGUAAAGUUCUGCUCCGACAGAUGCAAACGGCACAAGCUCCGACCAGCAGACAAACGCAUCGAAGCCGCAUUUGCUGCUCUUCUCGACGGCCAGGAUGCAUCCCAAUUCGCAGCUGUACAGGGAGAUUCCGCGCCCGGAGACGAACUCACCAAAACCACUUCUAAUCUUUCAAUUCAAGCUGAGAAGCCACACGAUAAAUACGACUACGGCAAAAGCAACAGCAAGAAGAAGCAACAAAAAGUCAAAGGCGACCCUCGUAUCUUGGUUUCUUGCAGCGAAGUGGAGACUCUGAUCUAUGGCUCUCGCGAAGACCCAGAAAAGACCUUUGGGCGCAAGAAGAACAGAGCUAGAAGAGGUGUGGCCGAUGACGAAGUGUGGAAGAGUAUCGACAUGGUGGAUUCCGACACCGACACCGGAACUGCGGAAACUGCUUCUGCAGAUGAAGACACCAUUGAGCAUGGCAGCACAAAGGUCAUGGACAACAGGGGUGUGCCUCUUGCCGAGGCCCUCGAGGACGAUGCAGACGCAGAUGCAGAUGUGGUUAAGCUCAAGGGAAGAGUGAGACCUCCACAGUCGGAAUCCGACGUCAAUGGCUCAAUAGGCGGAGAAAAGGGAUGGGCCGAGCGUAUCAACGAGACACCCGAGAUGCUGCAAAAGCGAAGAGAUGGACAAAGAAGAGCCGAAGAGAAGGAAAUGGUCAAGUGCGCUGCCAGAAGGGCUGUUGUUUUCGGUCUGGAGAGCAGUAGGGUGCUUACUGGUGAGGGCAAGAAGGGAAAGAAAGGAAAGGAUGAUGAUGAUGGAGAGGCCAAGCAGCAAGGCAGAAGGAUGUGUGAGGCGGUCAUGCAUGGUGCUGUUGUUGAGCCAUCUUACGCCAAAGGAGACUGGUCUAUCCGAUGGAGAGAGGAGUAGAAUUCCGAAUGAUCAGUGCAAGAGAUGCUCGCACACUGCAGCAAGGCUUUAUGCCAGCCACUCCAAAUGCUAGAUGUCAUGCGAGCUCAACCAUCAAACCAGACUAAAUUCUUGAGAAGCUGAAGAGAGCCAAUGAGAGAUCGGGAAAGUGGGGUC